GGAAGAGCAACUCAGACUCCUCCCCUUCCUCCUCCUGCUGCGGCGAGAAUUAAAGGAUCCCUGUUAAUCUGAAGACAGUCACUGCAGUAAACAUCACCAGCGGAGAGCAGGAGGAGGAGGAGGAGGAGGAGGCGGGGGAAGGGGAGGCAGUGUCAGGUGGAAACGGGAACCACUGUGGAUCAUCAUCAUCCUCAUCGCCACCUUCCACCGGCUCAGAUCCUCAGCCCGGCCGGCGGUGACCGCUGCAGGCACGCAGCGCCCCCUUUUUCAUGCGCCACGCACGGCAUCGUGUCCCCACGGUGCACAGUCUGCGGACUCUUUCUGUCCAGACAAACCGCUUCCUCUACCCAUAAUCGAGGGACGAUCCAGGGGCGUCCAUUGAUAAACCGCUGUCCUCACAGAUCCAGCCCGGCAGGGGUCUUCGGCGUUAGAGGAGGACACAUCUGACCUGAGGACGCGGACAGCGAAGCCGGAGGGCACCGGGGCGCGAUGGCUAAUGCUUCCCCAGACCUGGACAACGCAGAAGCCCAGCGCCAGCUUAACAACAACAACCGACCGAUUGGCUCUGGGUUCUGGGAGAAGGAGUGUUCCAGCUCCAAGCUGUUUGAAUGCUCCCGCAUUAAGGCGUUGGCAGAUGAACGAGAUGCGGUGCAGAAGAAGACUUUUACCAAGUGGGUAAACUCACAUCUGUCCAGAGUUUCCUGUCGCAUAUCUGACCUCUACAACGACCUCAGAGAUGGAUACAUGCUCACCAGACUGCUGGAGGUCCUCAGUGGAGAGCUGCUGCCGAGGCCGACCCGUGGUCGUAUGCGAAUCCACUGUCUGGAAAAUGUUGACAAAGCCUUGCAGUUCCUUAAAGAGCAGCGUGUUCACCUGGAAAACGUUGGUUCCCACGACAUUGUGGAUGGAAACCACCGCCUCACUCUGGGCCUUAUCUGGACCAUCAUCCUACGCUUCCAGAUCCAGGUGAUCAAAAUAGAGACAGAGGACAACAGAGAAACUCGCUCUGCCAAGGAUGCCCUGCUACUCUGGUGCCAGAUGAAGACCGCUGGGUAUCCUGAAGUCAACAUUCAGAACUUCACCACCUGCUGGAGAGAUGGCCUGGCCUUCAACGCCCUCAUACACAGACACAGGCCAGACCUGAUUGAGUUCCACAAGCUGACAAGGUCCAAUGCAACACAUAACCUCCAGCAAGCCUUUAAUAUCGCUGAGCAGAACCUGGGUCUUACCAAACUCCUGGACCCUGAGGACGUGAAUACAGAAAACCCAGAUGAAAAGUCCAUCAUCACUUAUGUGGUCUCCUACUACCACUACUUCUCCAAAAUGAAAGCUCUUAUUGUGGAGGGCAAGAGGAUUGGGAAGGUACUUGAAAACUGUGUUGAGUCGGAAAAGAUCAUCAACCGCUACGAGGCUCUGGCAUCAGACCUGCUGGACUGGAUUGAAAAGACCAUCGCGGUCAUCAGCAACCAGAAGUUUGCCAACUCACUGACUGGAGUCCAGCAGCAGCUGCAGGCCUUCACCACUUACUGCACCAUAGAAAAACCAAUCAAGUUUCAGGAGAAGGGGAAUCUCGAGGUCCUUCUCUUCACCAUCCAAAGCAAACUCAGAGCCAACAACCAGAAACCCUAUGUGCCUCACGAUGGGAAGCUAAUUUCAGACAUUAACAAGGCGUGGGAGAGGCUGGAGAAGGCGGAGCAUGAGAGGGGCGUGGCACUGCGCAAGGAGCUGAUUCGUCAAGAGAAGCUGGAGUUGCUGGCUCAGCGCUUUGAUCACAAAACCACCAUGAGACAAGCCUGGCUUAAUGAGAAUCAGAGACUCGUAUCACAGGACAAUUUUGGCUACGACCUCCCAGCAGUCGAGGCAGCAAUGAAGAAACACGAGGCCAUUGAGGCUGACAUUGCCUCGUAUGAAGACCGGAUUGCAGUGGUGGUAGAACUUGCAGCAGAGAUGGAGAAGGAAGGAUAUUAUGACAUUCGCCGAAUCUUGGCACGAAAGGAGAACAUCCUGGGUCAGUGGGGCCUGCUGAAGGAGCUGGUGGCAGGGAGGAGGACCCGUCUGGAGAAGAACCUGGCCCUGCAAAAGACCUUUCAAGACAUGGUUUACAUGAUUGACUGGAUGGAGGACACACAGGUCCAGCUGCUGUCAAAGGACUUUGGGAAACAUCUUCUGGAGGUGGAUGACCUGCUGCAGAAACACAGCCUGCAAGAAGCAGAUAUUACUGUACAGGCUGAGAGGGUGGAGACACUCAACACUGCUGCACUCAAAUUCACCACUAUAGAGGGUUACCAACCGUGUGACCCCCAGGUGAUCUGUAACCGUGUCAACCACGUCUCUUCCUGUCUGGAGGAGCUGAAACAACUGGCAGUUAAAAGGCGUGCUGAGCUGGAGGAGUCCAGACAGCUGUGGGCCUUUUUUCAGGAGCUGGAGGAGUCUGAGGUCUGGAUCAGAGAGAAGAGUUCGAUCCUGGGAGCUCAGGGUUAUGGGAAGGACCUGAGCAGUGUGCUGAGGCUACUGCAAAAACACAAGACUCUGGCUGGAGAACUGCUGGCUCACCGGUCACUGCUGCAGAACACCAUGAAGAGAGGAAAGCAGAUCCUGAGUGAGAAGAGCUUUGGCACUGCGGGGAUCCAGGAGCGCAUCAUGGAGGUGAAGAGUGAGUGGAAGAAGCUGGAGGACCAGGCAGCGCAGCGUCUCGGUCACCUGCAGGAGGCACUCAACUUUUUUCAGUUCUCCACGGAGACAGACGACUUGGUGGCCUGGCUGCAGGAUGCUUACCGACUGGUCUCCAGCGAAGACUUUGGACACGACGAAUACUCUACUCAGUCACUGCUGAAGAAACACAGAGGGGUCAGUGAAGCCAUCGACAAGCAUCGCGUGCAUGUUGUUACACUGCGCAAACACAUGGUGACGCUGCCUCUGCAGUACCGUGAACAGGAGGAGGUGCAGGUUCGGAUGGGAGAGGUGGAGCAGUUGUACACCGAGGUGAUUGAGGUCGCGGUGCUCAGACAGCAGUGGCUUCACGAUGCCCUUGCUGUCUACCACAUGUUCAGUGAGGUCAACGCCUGCGAGCUGUGGAUUGAUGAGAAGGAGCAGUGGCUAGAUAAGAUGGAGAUCCCUGAGAGACUGGAGGACGUGGAGGUGGUGGCCCACAGGUUUGAGAGUCUGGACCAAGAAAUGAACAGCCUGAUGGGAAGAAUCCUAGAUGUUAAUCAGAUAGUUCAGCAGCUCUUGGAUGGAGGUCACCCAUCAUCUACAGAGGUCAGAGGUUGUCAGGACCAUCUCAACUCCAGGUGGAACAGCAUUGUGGAGCUGGUUGAGGAAAAGAAAGAUCAGAUGAACUCAAUGUUACGCCUGCAGAACUACCUGCUUGAAUGUGCCGAGAUCAAGUCCCAGAUACAGGACAAGAGAAAAGCCAUCGACGCCACGCAGUAUGUGGGCAGUGACCUGGGAGGAGUCAUGGCUCUGCAGAGACGCCUUUCCACCAUGGAGGGAGCCCUGUCUGUCCUGGAGCCCAAACUUCUGCAUCUGCAGGAGGAGGCAGAACAUCUUGCCACGGUUCACUCAGGUCGAGCCAUAGAGAUUCUGGUGCCAUUUGAUGGCAUCAGUGUAGAGUGGGAGGAGCUUAAACACACCCUGCAGGGAUGUGAGGACUCGCUGAUGGUGGCAAGCAGACUGCAAAGCUUCAUACAGGACCUGGACUCGUUCCUCACCUGGUUGGUCCAGACGCAGACGGCUGCUGCAUCAGAACAGCUGCCCAAUGACCUGGAGGAGGCCGAGAGACUCAUCAACAAACACGCUGCCCUCAAGGAGGAGAUAGGAAGGUAUGAAGAGGACUACGAGCGUCUGCAGGCCAUGAACGAGCUGCUGGAGUCUGAGGAGGCUCCUCUCCCUCAGGCCGCGCUGCAGCAGUGGCUCCAGAAGCUCGAUGUCGGCUGGAAUAAACUGCUGGAGAUGUGGGAGAGCAGGAGAGAAGUUCUGGUCCAAGCUCACAUUUUCCAUCUGUUCAUGCGAGACGUGAAACAGGCAGAGUCUUUCCUCAAUAACCAGGAAUCGGCCCUCGCUCACGUGGAGCUGCCCACCACAGUGGAAACAGUCGAAGCCGCCAUAAAGAAACACAAGGACUUCACAACCACCAUGGAGCUGAACCUGCACCGGAUCAAAGCUGUGAUCGAGGCAGGAGAGAGUCUGAUCAGUCAGAGCAACAUCUACUCUGAUCGCAUCAGGGAACGCAUCGACACCCUCGCCACCAGGGGAAACCAGAACAGAGAGCUGGCCCAGCAGUGGCUGGAGAAACUGAAUGACCAGUGGGAACUUCAGAGGUUUCUCCAAGACUGUCAUGAGCUGGGGGACUGGGUGUGUGAGAAGAUGCUAAUGGCGAGAGAUAGCAGCCGAGACGAGACCCAGAAGCUUCAUAAGAAAUGGCUGAAGCAUCAGGCCUUCAUGGCGGAGUUGGCCCAGAACAAGGAAUGGCUGGACAAAAUUGAAAAGGAGGGCCAACAGCUGAUCCAGGAGAAGCCGGAGCUCAGACCUGUCGUCCGGAAGAAGCUGGAGGAGAUCAGGGAAUGCUGGCAGGAUCUGGAGAGCACCACCCAGGCAAAGGCCCGCCAGCUCUUUGAGGCGAACAAGGCUGACCUGCUGGUGCAGAGCUAUGAAAGCCUGGACCAGAGGCUGGGUCAGCUGGAGGAUCAACUGGUUUAUGUGGACCAGGGACAGGACCUCACCACUGUCAACAAGCAGCUCAAAAAACUACAGACCAUGGAGGUUCAGAUGGAGGAGUGGUAUAAGGAGGUGGGGCAGCUGCAGGUGCAGUCGUCAUCCAUACCGCAGCAGACACAGGUCAAAGAGACGGUCGCGGAGCGUCAGGCAGCCGUGGAGGCCAGGAUGGUGCGUCUGAUCGAGCCACUGAAGGAAAGACGGCGCAUCCUGCUGGCAUCUAAAGAAGUCCACCAAGUUGGGCGAGACCUGGAGGAUGAGAUUUUGUGGGUUCAGGAGCGCCUCCCGAUGGCCAUGUCUCAGGAGCACGGUUCCACGUUACAGGCCGUCCAGCAGCUCAUGAAGAAGAAUCAGACACUGCAGAGGGAGCUGCAGGGCCACAGGAGCAGGAUUGAGGACGUCCUGGAGAGGGCAGGAAUCAUCGCCUCUAUACGCAGCCCCGAGGCUGACUGUGUCAGGGCUGGCCACAACCAACUGGCCCAGCUAUGGGCUGUGCUCUGGACUGAGACUGAGAGAAGGCAGCUGGUUCUGGAUGCCAUGUACCAGGCCCAGCAGUACUACUUUGACACAGCUGAAGUGGAAGCCUGGCUGAGUGAGCAGGAGCUGCACAUGAUGAAUGAGGAGAAGGGGAAGGACGAGCCGAGCACACUGCAGCUCCUGAAGAAACACUUGGUCUUAGAACAGACCAUUGAAGACUAUGCAGAGACCAUCGGCCUGUUAUCACAGCAGUGCCGGCAGCUGCUGGAGAUGGGACAUCCAGACUUUGAGCAAAUCAGCAAGCGCCAGUCACAGAUCGACCGUCUGUACGUGUCCCUGAAGGAUCUGGUGGAGGAAAGAAAGAGCCGCCUGGAGCAGCAGUACUGGCUCUACCAGCUCAACAGAGAGGUGGACGAGCUGGAGCAGUGGAUUGCUCAGAGGGAAGUGGUCGCCAGCUCUCCUGAACUGGGUCAAGACUUUGAGCAUGUGACAGUCCUGCAGGAGAAGUUCACAGAGUUUGUGUCAGAAACUGGAAGUGUGGGGCAGGAGCGAGUGACGGCCAUCAACCAGAUGGUGGACGAGCUCAUCGACUACGGCCACUCAGAGGCCGCCACCAUAGCAGAAUGGAAGGACGGAGUGAACGAGGCCUGGGCCGACCUACUGGAGCUCAUGGAGACCCGGACGCAGAUGCUGGCUGCCUCUCACCAGCUGCACAAGUUUUUCUCUGACUGCAGAGAGGUUUUGGCUCAGAUUGAGGACAAACAUCGAAGACUGCCAGAAGUUCGGGCUCGGCAGGGCAGCACUGCCAACACCAGCACCCUGCAGAGACUCCUGAACAGCUUUGAACAAGACAUUCAGCUGCUGGUCACACAGGUGCGUCAGCUACAGGAGAGUGCAGCCCAGCUGAGGACAGUGUAUGCCGGCGAGAAGGCCGAAGCCAUCGCAUGCCGUGAGCAUGAAGUGAUGCAGUGCUGGAAGGAGCUGUUGACGUCCUGCGAGGAGUGUCGAGUGCAAAUCACCACAGAGACGGACAAGCUUAGGUUCUUUGGCAUGGUCCGAGAUCAGCUCAUGUGGAUGGAUUCAAUCAUCUGUCAGAUCGGGACGGGAGAGAAGCCCAGGGAUGUGUCCUCGGUGGAGGUGCUGAUGAAUUAUCACCAGAGUCUGAAGAGUGAAGUGGAGGCUCGCAGCCGCAGCACACUUGAGUGUAUCGAGAUGGGAAAGACCCUGCUGGCUGCCAGAAACCCUGCAGCUGAAGAGAUCAAGGAGAAGCUGGACAAGGUGGUUGCUAAGCAAUAUGAGCUGUCUGAGAAGUGGGACAAGCACUGGGAAGUACUACAGCAAUUGCUGGAGGUUCACCAGUUCGCCCAGGAAGCAGCCGUGGCAGAGGCGUGGCUGACUGCUCAGGAGCCACUCAUCAGCAGCAGAGAGCUGGGCACCAGCGUAGACGAAGUAGAGCAACUAAUUCGUCGACACGAAGCCUUCCGCAAAGCAGCUGCUACCUGGGAGGAGCGAUUCAGCUCACUGCGACGACUCACUACUGUGGAAAAGUUGAAAGCAGAGCAGAGUAAACUGCCCCCAACCCCUUUGCUGGGGCGCAAAGUCUUCCUGGACCCCCAAGAUGCCUUACCCAGUUCAUCCACCCUCCCCCGUCUCCAAAUCUCCCCCGUUAUGAGACAGACUAUCUAUGAACAGACAGAAGCCAGCUCACCUCCUUCACCCUCGCCAGCCACGCCCACACCCUCUCCUUCGUCCGUGGUUCGUCGGCUGGGAUCAACAGUCGCUAAUUACACUCCUGUGAUGAAUGGCUCCAGCUAUCGCCAAAGCCUGGAGCAUGCUGGGGUGGUGGGUGUGGGUGCAGGACUAGUUAAACCCGCACCCUCCUCAAUCGCCUCAAUAGCCACGGCAGCCAUGCUCGUCUCAGCCAAUCAGGUGCGAGAAAGCGCUGGCACGGUGAGAGACCAAGCAUCCAAGUCGGUGAGUCACCUCCAGCCUGUACAGGCAGCAAAGGAUGUGGAGGUAAAAGUGUCUCCGUAUCUAAGGCAACCCAAAAUCAAACACAUGGAUGACAUAGUGACACCUCUGAUCAUUGCGAGUCGACUGGAGAAGGUGAGGGAGAGAGGGAGGGAGAGAGAGAUGAUGAUGGGAGAGAUAGGGAAAGAGAAAGCAGAGGUGGCGGUGAUGGCUGAGGUGGUGCUGCAGGAGCCGGGUCGGGAGCGUUUGCAUAGCGAACCCACCAGAGGGCCCCGGGGAUCCAGGAUUGAUCAUGCUGAGCCUCAGACAAACACCUACCACAGGGACCACAGGAUAGAACGGCAGCUGUCCAGUGAGCAGCUGAUCCAGGCGCGACGAGACGAGCUGCCUCAGGAGGUGUGGAGGGAACAGGCUGAGAGACGGGAGAGAAGGACACUAGAGAGACAAACGUCCAGUGAGCACGAGAACCACGGGGGCCACGAGGGUCGGAGGAGAGAGAGGGACCGACACAGACCAGAGAGACAGGAGUCCAGUGAGAUUGACACCGGGAAGGAGCAUUCAGACAGACGCUCAGGAGGAGGAGAAAAAAGAUCCACCCUGGCAGAAAUUGUAGAGCAGCUGCAAGAAAGAGAAGCAGCGCAGGCCCGUGGCGAGGUGCCCCGCCUCCCAAACGGCGUGCCAGAGAAGUCUUCCCGUCCCGAACGGCCUCGAGCUCGGGACAGACCCAAACCACGGCGCCGACCACGACCCAAAGAGGCGGGAGAGACAACGAGACGGUCCAGAUCCGCUCCAGCUCAGAGUAGCCCAGCAGUCCCCCAGCCCCCAUCGCACACCGCUCAUCACGAGGGCUUCCUUUUCCGCAAACUGGACAUCGAGAGUCUGAAGAAGAGCACCAAUAGCAGGUCAUGGGUCAACCUUUACUGCGUGCUAAACAAAGGCGAGAUGGGUUUCUACAAGGACGCCAAGAACAUCAACACACCCUACAACAACGAGCCACUGCUCAGCCUCUCCCACUGCCACUGCGAUGUCACCAACGGCUACAAAAAGAAGAAGAACGUCUUCACGCUCAAAACAAAGGACGGCAGUGAGUUUUUGUUUCAUGCUAAAGAUGAGGAUGACCUCAAAGCAUGGGUGUCCAACAUUACCGCCAGUAUUACGGAGCACGAGGAGAUUGCCAAAUGGGGUUUACCCCAACCAACUACCUCAUCCACUGACGAGGGUACGCGCCCCGACGGCAGCAAGGGGGACAACAGGUCAGAGCGAGGAGGCGAUCGCUCAGACAUGGGCGACAGGAUCGAGCGAGCAGACAAAGACAGGGAGAAAGAGAGGGAGAGAGAUAAGGAGAAGGAGAGAGAAAAGGAGAGGGAGAGAGGCGAGAGGUCAGAGAGGUCAGAUCGGGGCGGGAAGUCGGACAUGAAGCGCUCAGAAAAGUCUGGUAAGAAGAAGUGAGCCACACACCUGAUUGGUCGGGAUUGAAGCAUAUGAACUUGAAGUGUAUGUGGGAGGCGGGGCUGUAGACUGGUAGUGAACGCCCCCCCCUCCCUCUCUCUUCCUCCAACACUGUCAACGAAGAGGUCGUGUUUGGAUGGAAAGUGGCACACAAGACAGAAUAUGUGUGGAGAUUCUCAUUCAUCCAGGUCAUAGUUAUCCAAAGGCGUUGAAUCGGGAGUGACUGGACAGAGGGACUGACCCAGGCUCGCUCAUAAGACAGACGGGAUGAAUUUGGAGCAGGAGACAUCUUUCUCCCUCUCUUUCUUCUGUGUCUCUGUGAGACCACACGGAGUCACUGUACGCCCUCUGGUGGCCGUUUCUGAGAACCACUGAGGGCAUAGAUUUGUGCUGCUGAACCCGAGCAGCGCUCAUUUAAGAGAGAGGCUGGACAUGCAUCACGUAAACUUGAAGGCUGUUACUGAUAGUGUGAUUAAAAACGUAGCUCAUACUGUUCGACAGACAGUUUGUUAUUUUCUGUGAGAUGAGCUCUAUCUGUAUGUAUUUCUCGUCUGUCUGUUCUAUCUACUGUAUCUAUCUAUCUGUCUGUCUGUAAUCUGGGACAUCCGACACUAGGUUUUCUACUCCUCGGAAAUGGAAAGAUAAUGAAAUUAUGCCAAAAUGUUAUACAGACAAACAAACAGAGAGAAACCUUUCCCGUUAACUGUCUUCUCUUCACUGUGUUUCAUCUGUCUCAAGGUGUGUCCAUGAAGAAAAUACAGAAUUCACUCACACUGGUGUUGUAAGCAAACAACAAUAACCACAAUUCAUCCACACCUACCAUGGAUGAAUCAACAAUGCUGAUGAAGAGAUGACAGUGGAGGACAAGAGUGUAAAAGAGAAAACAGUGAAAUUUCACCUUGUGUUUGAGACAUGAAUAGAAAUAGAAAACACUUGAAAUCCUGCUCAUAAGAAAAGAUCACACCACUGAAAUUUGCUAAAAUGUUCUUUAGUUGGAGAUCUGCAAAUGGAAUCAGCUUCCCUUUGUUCAUGUAGAGUUUAUUUAGGAUAUAAGAUUUUCUCGUGAGCAUUUCUGCAGGACAGAUAAGUUACCAGGUGUUUGGACCUGCAACAUAAAGACAACAGGAGGGCUUAGUCGCUGCCGUCCACGCGGCUGAUUCAGAGAGACAAUAAAGACAGAUGCACAGAGUGGUCAGAGAGACACAGCCUGUGGUUACCAGGGGCCUCAUUCAUUAAAAUGAUGUUUGAGUUUUGUUAAAUUGAUAUUAAAAAAAGAAAAAUGUCAAUGGCUCUAUCUCGCCACUGUGUAUAUCUUUAAUAACAUUGCUGAAAUUUAUUUUGAUCUACAAAUUUUAUUAUCAAGAUCAGGUUUUCAUGGCUGGCUUUGGUCAUAAGCACAAAAUCUCCACCUGGCAUGUUUUUAAUGAGUGAGGCCUCAGGCUUCAUCUACUCUGAAAUAAUUACAUCUGUUGCAUCCGUUUUUAUACAGAAUUAAAAGAUAACGUGUUUGUGCGCGCGCGUGUGUGGAUUUUGUGUGUGCACAUACGUGUGUACUGCUGCUCUUCACUCCCAGGGUCUCCAUAGCUCUCAGGUUAUUUAUGUUAGUGUGUGCUUAUGUGUGCUUUUUGUGUUAAUAUGUUUGUCCCCUCAGAUGCCAUGUCAGUCUUCCAGAGAAAUUAAAUUCAUAACAGACCUACAUACACACACACACACACACACACACUACAGCGUGAAUGGAGAAACUGUCUUGGUCAUCAUCCCAUCAGUGUAGCGUUAGAAGGGAAUGAAUGCCUGAAUAAAUGAAUUAAUUAGUGAAUGAAGUGAUGCACAUGUAACAGCCAGGAUUUCACGCUGACCAAAUAUUUAUCAAAAAGGGUUAAACUGUCUGUAAGUUGUGAGAUUGCAUGUUUUGCUUAGAGAGAAAUCACUCAUCUAAAAACGCUUGUCUUUGCUACCCACUGACUCUGUAUCCACUCAUCAGUUCAUUUCAUGUCAAAUCACCACAAAGCCAUAGACCACAGGCAAAUGAGGAGGAAACGGUCAACAUCCAUUUCGCUAUUCAAAUCAGCCCAAGGCUGAGGGGCAGAGAAAAGAAGCAUCCAGGUCAGAUAGCAUUUAAAAUCCUUGAGUCAGUCAUUACAAAUGUGGUUUCAAUAGCCCAUCAGCUGUAUGGGAGUAGUGUUCAUUUUUGGUUAUAAUGGAUUUAAUGUUUAAAGUCCAACUGAAAUUCAUGUCUUUUUUAUCUUUACUGCUCUGUAAGUUAUGUCCUGUGCACUCCUUUUAGAAAACAUCAUUAAUGACGACGGUGACCACUAGUUUUGCAUUAAUUGGUCAAUUACCAUUAUAUUCAUACAACCAAUAAAGUUGCUUUAUUUUAAACCAAAUUUGGUUUUUUUAUUAUUUUUUAGAAAUCUCUGUUUAUCAGGGUAAAGUUUUUGUUUUUGAAAACCUAAAUAUUCAGGUGAGGAGCUAACAGUAUUAUCUGUAACUUCUAGAUUUUUUUUAUUUAUUUGUUUAUUUUGAAGUAGUUCUUAAUUCACACCAGGAUUUUAAAUUCUCUCUUGACCUGUCAGACUGGGUUGUGUUUGUCAUAAAACAUGUCUUGAGAACUUGUAACUUUAUUUAUUCUUUUAGUCUCAACACUUUUUAUGCAUCUAAAGUAGGCGUAAAAGCCAGAUCAAUGCAAUCAUUUACAUGCAUGUUGGACACAACAAACAGUCAGAGUUCAAAGAGGUGAAAUCUGAAGAAGAUGAAAGUGACACAGGACAGUCCUCUGCUGUCUUUAUGACUAACAUCUUAAUGAACUGACACACCUUGAUGCCGUCGACAGGCACAGGACAGAAAGUGCAGGGUACAGCUAAUAUGCUUACAGAUGACAUAUGUCAAUGUCAAGUAUGUAGUUGCAACCAUUACUAUGCUGCUGACAGCAGAAACAAUCAGGUAUUCCAAAAGUAUCUUGGGUAACAUCUUGGUUUGGGUGGUGGUAGGUACCCUGCUCAUCUGUGUGUGUCUGCUGUCCUGUUCACGUCAAACUCAGUUUGUCAGCCGAGAUGAACUGGCAAAUAAAAAAAACUUUUGAUUUAUCAAAAA